AUGGGCAAAUUGGAAAAACUUGAGGAACUAAACAUAAGCAAGACUGCUAUAGAGGAAAUUCCUCCAUGGAUAGGCUCUAUGAAGAGCCUCAUUUCUUUGGACAUUUCGGGAUGUAAGAAACUCCGAGUGCUACCCAAAGAAAUAGGCAAAUUGGAAGAACUGAAGGAACUAAACAUAGACAAUACUGCUACGGAGGAAAUUCCUCCCGAUAUAGAAUCCAUGCCUGAGCUUCCCUCAGCAAUAUCGAAGCUUUUUGUCCACGGCUGUAAUAAGUUGAAAGAGUUGCCAAAUUUGUCUAGUCCGAAAUUGCUGUCACAGUUAAAUAUCAAAAACUGCCGAGAGCUGACAGAAAUCAAUGGUCUAGAAGCAUUAAAAUUCUUAGUACAUCUGAGUGUUCUUGGAAGCAAGAAGUUAUCCAAAUUUGACGGCCUUGAACAUGCAGAGUCCUUGAGAUACUUGAAUAUGAGUUCUUCCUUAGUGAAUGAUGAUCUAGUUCGAGGCCUUGACAGAUUGAAAAACUUGGAAGAGCUGGAUGUAAGUGGUUGUGAAAACCUUAUAAGACCAGACAUUUCGCAAUUGACACAUCUGAAGCGAUUAGACGCUUAUCAUUGCCACAAUAUAGUUGAAAUUAAAGGCCUUGAGAGGUUGAAAACAUUGGAAUUCCUGAUUAUCCAGAGCUGCACAUCCAUUGAAACAUUACCAGACCUCUCGUGCUUUAAUAACCUGACCUAUUUGGAGAUUUUGGGAUGUUCGAAGCUUCGUGAUGUUCAGGGCCUAGAGAAAGUCGGAUAUGUGUUAAAAUGA